GUGGAAGGAUUGACCUCACCAUCAUGCGAUAUGAAGUAACCGGAGAUGUAACGGCGACAUUCACCGGAACACUGCCAUAAAACUCAUUGAUUCUCGCUCGUUAAUAACGAUAAAGACGGAAAAACUCAUCCGGGUGUUUUUUUCGCUCGAUGAUCAGAUUAUCCGCAGCUUAACUCAUGUGUUCCUGUUAACAAGUUAAAAGCUUCGCACAUCUUUCAUUGCUUUAUCUGAUGUAAAUCAAUGUUCAACUGUAAGCUCUCCAAAGACUCGAGCAGAAGUGUUUUUGAGGAUCUGAGAAUGUUCGAGACUAAAGGACUCUUGAGUAUUUGUGUGGACGUCAGCUGUCUGCUGCUCGCUGGACUUCCGUUCGCGGUGUUGAAUAUUCAGCACACGCCCUUCAAAAGAGGCUUUUUUUGCAGCGACGACACCAUCAAGUACCCUUUCAAAGAAGACACCAUAUCUUACCAGUUACUGAUGGGAAUACUGAUUCCAUUCGCUCUGCUGCUGAUCAUCUUCGGCGAGUGUUUUUCGAUAUAUCUGAGGUCCAGAGCUUCUUUCAGUUGUGAAUAUAUCGUGUGUGUGUACAAGGCCGUGGGAUCGUUUGUGUUCGGAGCGGCGCUGAGCCAGUCGCUGACCGACAUCGCCAAAUACACCAUCGGCCGGCUGCGGCCACACUUCCUGACCGUCUGCAAACCGCACUGGAGCCUGAUUGACUGUAAAUCAGGUUAUAUUGAGAACUUCACCUGCACUGGAGAUCCAACUCUCACCAAUGAGGGCCGGCUUUCCUUUUAUUCUGGUCACUCAUCGUUCUCCAUGUACUGUAUGAUGUUCCUCGCUCUGUAUCUCCAGUCUAGACUGAGGGCACGAUGGGCACGACUGGUGCGGCCGACUCUCCAGUUCUCGUUUAUCGCUGCUUCUCUGUAUGUGGGUCUGUCCCGCGUCUCUGAUUACAAACACCACUGGAGUGACGUUCUCACCGGACUCCUGCAGGGAGCCGUCGUGGCGCUGUUCACUGUGUUCUUUGUGUCGGAUCUCUUCAACGCUAAGUGCGCGUCAGAUAAAGAUGAGGAGAUCUCCCACACGAGCCUUCAGGACACGUCAGAUUCACCGAAUCACUACGGCAGCACACAGUGAGACAAAACCUGCUGCACACGGACGGAGUCGCAGCAGGUUUUACAUUCGAGUAACAUGCAAAUCUUUUCUGCAACAUACGCAAAAACAUUCCACUCAAACACAAGCAAAAAAGCUGAGUGUCAGUUUUCAUAAUGUAGGAACAAACAGUGGAGAUAUUUAGAAUAGAAGAACCAUUUUUGGUACCUUUCGAUGAACAGUUCUUACAAGAACCACUUUUUCAUUGCAUGAAUAACAUUUUAAGAAUAUAAAGAUCUUUUUCACUGUAAAGAACCUUUAGUGCAAUGGAAAGGUUCUGUGGAUGUUAAAGGGUUAGUUCACCCAAAAAUUAAAAUUCUGUUAUUUAUUACUCACCCUCAUGCCGUUCCACACCCGUAAGACCUUCGUUGAUCUUCAGAA